GCCUCGGCCACUCGCCUUCCCCGUCCCUACCCCCCUGCGCCUGCGCGCUGCGGACAACCGUUGCCAGAUUCCCCGCGCCAUAAGGUUCGACGGUAGCCGUCGACACCCUGCCCAUUCGGCCUGAGGUACCUGGCCUGGUGGUGGUGCCGGGACGUUCCCGUCGCAUGGCGGAGUGCUGCGGAUGUUGCCUAUGAAGUCCGUAGUCCUUCUAGUUGCACUGUUGCUAUGGCCUUCGUCGGCGCCGGCGUAUCCCAGCAUAACUCUGAUGCCUGACGAAGAACAAAACUUGAAUCACUAUGUACAAGUUUUACAGAACCUAAUACUAAGUGUUCCCACUAGGGAGACAAGUCAUGAGAAAAAAUCCAAGUUUCCAACUAAUGUUUAUUCUAUAGGGCUGAGGGGAUCAAAAGUUAAGAAGAAACCUACACAAGGAGAAACUUCAAGUGAGAAUAAUGUUUUAAUCAAUCCUAUCAAUGAGGAAAUGACAACUUUCCCUCCUAGAGACUUCACACUGGGAAUGAAGAGUAAAAAACACACUAAAAGUACAGCAUUCUGGGCUAUUAAACCCUACAAUGUUUCUGUUGUUUUACAUACAAAAGAACCUGAUAUUGAAAAAGAAGAGCCAGGGCCAGAGCCAGAGCCAGAGCCAGAGCCAGAGCCACCUUUAAUACAAACUGAGGCACCAAAGUCAUUGCCCCAUGUUACUGAAUUACCUACAGGUAGAAGCACUGAGUGGGACACCUCCCUAGAACCAGAUGUUCCUCAGCUCUCAGGCGAAUAUGAAGACCACGAGGACAUUUUGAAAACAUUUUCAGAUAUUAAUUCACAGGUACAACAGCUGCCUCUUGCUGAAAGCCUGAAGCCAGAAUAUAGGGCUGACAUUCAAGCCUCUAGAGAACACUUAAAGAGAAGGCUUGCUCUAGCAGCAGCCACAGUGCAUAAAUUAGAAACAAUGUAUAAAUCCCAGAUGUUACCACUUGGAGGAAGCAGUGGUGAAAUUGAUGACAUGGAAACUGUUAUUAACAUGCUAUAUAAUUCUAGAUCUAAAUUAUCUGAAUAUUUAGAUACAAAAUAUGUUCCAUCAAAGAUGCAAGAAAAAGCUACUGUAGUAUUCAAUACAUUGCAAAAAAUAUUGUGUAAACCAAGUAGAAACUCAAAACCUUAUUAAGAAGUUAUUAAAAAAUAAUAUAAAAAUCUUUGAUAUACCAUGACAAAGUUGAAGCAAACUGUGUAUUUAUUUCAGAGGAGAAAUAAGCAUAAUAGAGAUUCAAAAGCUGUAUAAAUAUAUCUUCUAUUCUAGUUCAUUGUGCUAACAUCUUUACAUGUUAUGUGUUAUGAAAAAUGUUCAUAUGCACUAAAAGCCUAAUCGUUUAAAAUAAA